AGUUGGGAGACCUCCGUGCUUCUUCUGGUUCAGGGCAGCAUGGCCAAAGCUUGUGGGGUGCGGCUGAGCGGGGAGGCCCGCAGGCAGGUGGAUGUGUUUCGGCAGAAUCUCUUCCAAGAGGCUGAGGAGUUCCUUUCAACCUUCCUACCACAGAAAAUCAUACAACUGAAUCAGCUUUUGAAGGAUGACUCCUUCAAUGUAGUUGAUCUGACCUCCCUUCGAGCACCACUGGACAUCCCUAUUCCAGAUCCUCCCCCCAAGGAUGAUGAGAUGGAGACAGACAAACAAGAGAAGAAAGAGGUCCCCAAGUGUGGCUUCCUCCCUGGGAAUGAGAAAGUCCUGGCACUGCUUGCUCAAGUUAAGCCAGAGGUUCGGACCCUCAAAGAGAAGUGUAUUCUGGUGAUCACCUGGAUCCAGCACCUGAUCCCCAAGAUUGAAGAUGGCAAUGAUUUUGGGGUGGCCAUCCAGGAAAAGGUUCUAGAACGAGUGACAGCAGUGAAAACCAAAGUGGAAAGCUUUCAGACAACUAUUGCCAAAUACUUCUCUGAACGUGGAGAUGCUGUGGCCAAGGCCUCAAAGGAGACUCACGUGAUGGAUUAUCGGGCCUUGGUACAUGAACGAGAUGAGGCAGCCUAUGGGGAACUUCGGACUAUAGUGCUGGACCUCCGUUCUUUCUAUGCUGAGCUCUAUCACAUUAUCAGCAGCAACCUAGAGAAGAUCACCAACCCAAAGGGUGAAGAAAAGCCAUCCAUGUACUGAGUCCCAGAGCUACAAAGGAAAUAAAUGAUCUUAACUCUUGUAA